UCUUCACCUGCCUUUGGGACUGAACGAAACCUUCUGUGUCCCAGAUCACCGUCGAAAAGCGCUCUCUCCCCCCGCCAGCCCUCAUCGCCCCUCCCUAGCCUGACUCCGGGCCAUUCACCAUCACUUCCCAGAAGAAGCUAAAUCGCUUUCAGUUUCCGCUUCUCCGACAUCCAAGAAUCGAAACCGCCCGGGGUCUUUAAAAGCAGAGCCUGACACAGUCUCCCUGCUACUUGCCUUGAGGAGGGUUAGGGCGGGCACUUGUUUUAAAAUCAAGCCGUCAUUAGCAAGGAAGCUGCGCUGGGAUCGUAACACUUGCAUCUUCCCAGAAAGACUGUUUCCAAAUGUCUCAGGGGCAGAAGAAGAGGAAGGGCCUUCGGCAGAAAUCACCUCCUGUCCUCAAAUACUUGCAGGGGAUCCUCCGCAAAUACCCAGAUGGGGGUCAGAUCUUAAAGGAGCUGAUCCAGAAUGCAGACGAUGCGGGGGCCGAAGAGGUGAUCUUGUUCUAUGAUGAACGGAGUUUUGAAACUGGGAGACUUUUCUCAGAGGGGUUGGAGAGUGCCCAAGGCCCUGCGCUUCUUGCCUACAAUAAUAGUCUAUUCUCUGAGGCUGACUGGGAGGGGAUUCAGAGUCCAGGCAUCAGUCACAAGGAGGAUGACCCCUCUGCAGUUGGACGAUUCGGCUUGGGCUUCAAUUCAGUGUACCAUAUCACAGAUUUCCCAUCUAUACUUUCUGAUACUUGUUUGGGGGUGCUGGACACACAGCAGACUGCAUUAGAUGAAGGGGGUCAGCUUUGGGAUGUGAGCGACUGGGAAGAGGCACCUGACCAAUUCCAACCAUUCUGGGCAGCACUGAAGUCACUCGGCCAGCCUUGCCCAACAGCUGAGGGCCACUUCCCUGGAACCCUGUUUCGCUUCCCUCUACGACAGAGUCCCUCAAAGAUCUCGGAAAAUCUCUACAGUCCAGAACGAGUGCGGCAGCUGCUGCUCACAUUCUUGAAUGAUGCCCCCAUUAGUCUGUUGUUCCUCAGGAACAUCAAGAGACUGACGUUGGGUCUUGUUGGAUUUGAUGGUGCCAUCAAUGAGCUGCUGAAGGCUGAGGUCACCACUCACCCAUAUAAUGGGUUGGGCACAAGCCAAGGUUCCCCAGAGGUUGCAGAAUGCCAUCUGGCUGGUAGUGGAAAUGGAAACCUCCUUCUCUGUGGGUCAGACUUUCUUGAUGAUGUCACAAGCACCAAACUAGACAUGGCUGCCGUCAUCAAAACUCUUGCCUUAGGUGGCACUGGGAUUGGACACGCCAACAGUUGCGACUGGCUGGUGUUGUCUGCUGAAGCUAAAAAGGAUGCCUUCCCGGAACUCUGGGAUCUUGCAGUUAAGGUCAGCUCUAAGCCAGCGCUAUCCUUGGCUUACUGUUUGCAAGACAAGUGCACCGGGCGCCUCAGCUGCGUCCUGCCACUUCCUGCCACAGAGGAAAACACCACAGGAUUGCCACUGCACAUCAGUGCCCCUUUCCAACUGACAGAUGACCGAAGACACGUGCAGUGGUCUGAAGAGGGAUCCCAGGCACGGGGAGCCGAUGGCUGUUGGAACCACUUGCUUAUGGAGGAGAUGCUACCUGUUGCUUACUGCCAAAUGAUACUGCUGGCAUCUGCCUGUCCUGGUGACCCAUAUGGGGCAUGGCCAGAUCCAGACCAAAGCCAACAACUCCGAUACAAGCCAUUAGUAGCUCAGAUAUGCCAAAGACUGAUAGACAUGAAACUUUUGGUGUGGAUCAGAGAUGGGAAACCUCGCAUGCUCCAUCCCCAUGAAGCCGUCAUUUUACCAGAGAAGGUGAUAGAUAAACCAGUAGGCCUGGCACUGCAGAAGGCUCUCACUUUGGCAGGGUCGCUAUUGGCAGAUGCCCCUCUUCAUGUGCGCCGAGCCUUGGUGUUGGGUGCCAAAGACAAGGCAGCGGUGCAGGAAGCCACCACAAAGUUUGUUAGAGAGACCCUGCGACAGGCUGCCAAUGUCUGGCAUGGGAUAUCCUUGUUGGAGAAACAGUUGCUGUUGGAGUACUUGGUUGGAGAUGGGUGUUACCAGGAGCUGAAGGAUCUGUCACUGCUGCCAACAGCCAAUGGGUACUUUACCUGCUUUGGAGGUUCUGGAGAGACCGUGUUUGUUGAGAACCAUAACUUCCCCAGGAUCCUCUUGACUGGCCUGGCUCACCAGUUCCUGCCCAAGGAUCUAAAGCCUGAGCUGCUGAAGCAUCUGCAAACAAUUGCAGAAAAGAGGUUAUUCAGGAACUUGGUCUCCUUGGAUCGAAAUGUCAUUGAGCAGAACCUUUCUGGAUCUCUCCCUAAGGACUGGAUCAGCAGCAACACGGCUCUCAUAUCUUGGUGCCCUAAAAACUACCCCAAACAGCCACCCCUUGAGUGGCUUUCUGCUUUCUGGAGUUUCCUGAGUCAUCAUGCUCCCUCCCUGGCACCUUUCAAGGGGUGCCCACUGAUACCACUGACUCCUCUGCACAAUUCCCACAACAGCAUCCAACUGGCACGGCUGUUGCCUCAGUCUGCUCUUCUGUUCCAGAGCUGGGAUGGGCAUUGCUUACCAGGUGAAGUAGCUGGCAUUCUGGAGAGGCUAGGGUGUACUGUGAUCCGGAACUGGGAACCAGACUGGUGCCACCGCCAGCUAAGAGAAUACAUCCUCGAACCCACACCUCAGAGUGUCCUGCAGGCUUUUGCCCAUUUGGGGGUGGCAUCCGUGGCUGGCCACAUUGCAUCUCUGUCCACCAGUCAGGUUGAGAGCCUGAGUGCUUUUCUCUCUGCUGUUGCAUCGCUUUCCCCCAAAGAAGCUAAAGUCCUAACUGAGUUGCCGCUGUUCUUCAAGUUGCCCUCUCUCCUUCCACCCUUCAUGUCUGGCUUGGUGCCAGCCCAGCGCCACUUGGCUUUAGAUAAGAACCUGGUCCCGCCAGUGCCUUCAGAUCUGCUGACUCCAGAGCCCGUGGUGUUAUGUCUUAAUGAAGCUGAACGCCGUCUGCUCUUGCAAAUCCGGGAGAGACUCUUGGGGACGCCGGAUCUGUGCCUGUUGUGUGUCAGAGCAAUCAAGAAGGGGGCAUAUGCCAACCGGGCAGAGGAAGCCAAGCGGUUCAUGCUGUGGGUGCUGCACAAUGGGGACUCCCUCUUCAGCCAGAGCCGAGAACUUCAAACUUUGUGCUGUGACCUGCCAUUUCUGGAUUGUGGAUCAGGAAAGUUGAGCAGGCCCUGUGAUCUCUAUGACCCAGAGAAUGACACUUUGCGGGACUUACUAAGACCUUGCCACUUCCCCACAGGGCCCUUUCGGGAGCCAGCAGCAUUACGAACCCUUCGUGCUCUGGGACUGAAAUCUGAUCUCAGUGCUGUCUGUCCAACUGAUGCAUUAAUGGCUGCAACUGAAGUGAGUCAACUGCAGGAGGCUGCAGUUGCUAAUGCCAAAUCACAGGCACUCAUCCAGGUCUGCAAUAAGACCCCUCUACUCUCACGCUUCUCUUCACAGGACCUGAAGCAGCUGCGCUCCCUGCCUUGGGUGCCUGCCACCAACACUUCCACACUUGUGGCAGCAGAACACUUCUUGGCACCUGAAUCACUUUGUUCGGAGAAGUAUGCUGCCCUUGUAGGGUUGGUCAUGGGACUGACGAACGCUUUUUGCCCAGAAGCUGCAGAAAAACUGGGUCUGCAGCGCUUGCCUCCACCAGAGAAGGUGAUGGAGAAUCUUGCUAGGAUGGCACGGGGCUAUUGCCCUGAAAAGACCCCAGUGUUAAUUGCCAAGUUGCAUAGCAUCUAUCAGCACAUGCAACAGUACCUGAGCAGCUUCCGGAAGCCACCUGCGGGCCCUGUGGUGUGGAAUGGGACUGGCUUCUUGUUGCCUGCAGAUGUGGUGCUGGCCUACCCUGAUGGCUUGGACCUUACCGCCCUGAUACCACGAGUGCCCCUGGACUUCCAACAUUACAGCCAGCUCUUUGCAGCAUGGGGAGUCCGUAAGCUGCCAAAAGAGGAGGAAUUGUGCCAGGCCCUUCACAAGUUGGCAGAUGAAAUCAAUGCCCGACCGCAAGGUGGGACGCAUGCUGAACUAUUCCUUGUGAUAGCUGCUCUGGAUUGGCUGCAUGCUCGUGGUCACCAUGGAGAAAGGGAAAUGUCAGUGCCUGUGCAGAUUCAGGGAUUGGCUGGUUUUGCUUUACGCCCUACCAGUUCGGUGUUGUAUUGCGACAUGGACCGGGCCUGUCUUGCUAAGCUGGAUGGAGACCCACCUAAGUUGGUGCAUGAAUCUGUUUCCUCUGCCACUGCUGCCUUCCUUGGUGUGGAGAUGCUGAGCACACGGCUGUCAGGCUUGGAACAGUUUGAGGCUCAGGCUUGGGGCCCUUCGGAGCCAAUCACCCUCCGAAUCCGUAACAACCUUCGUGAGUACAGCCAGGAUGCAGAUGUGUUCCUAGAACUGCUGCAGAACGCAGAGGAUGCUGGUGCCCAAAGUUGCCGCUUUCUAGUAGAUCUCCGUGAGCAUAAUGCUGCUGUUGAAGGACUCUUGGACCCUGGCAUGGCUGUCUGCCAGGGCCCAGCACUUUGGGCCCAGAAUGAUGCACUCUUCAGUGAGACGGAUUUUUCCAACAUCAUCCGACUAGGCGCAGCAACCAAGGAACACCAAGAAGGCAAGAUUGGCCGCUUUGGGCUGGGUUUCUGCACUGUCUACCACAUGACUGAUGUGCCGUCUCUUCUCAGUGGACACACUCUGCUCAUAUUUGACCCAAACAUCACCCACCUCCAGAAGCAUAUCCGUGACCCAGCCCGACCAGGCAUCCGUUUGAAUUUGACCCGAACAGUUACCACUUCAUUCCCCGAGCAAUUCCGACUAUUCAAGGGCAUCUUUGGAUAUCAAGCUGGGGAGAAUUACCAAGGCACACUCCUCCGCCUGCCCUUCCGCACUAAGCAAGAGGCAAAAGACUCUCAGAUCUGUUGUGAUUCAUUUGGACCCAGUCGAAUCAAAGCAUUGCAAACUGGUUUCCAGGAGAUGUACCAAUACCUGCUGAUCUUCCUGUGCAGCGUGCAGGAGGUGUCACUGACCCACCUCCCUGUUGGUUCCAGUUCCCCAGAAGCCACCCAGCCGCUAGCCACAGUGAGCAGGCAAGCACUUGUCGGGAUGGGUGCUUCCAGUAUUGUGCAAUUGACAGCAACAUGGAACUCGCGUGUGGUCACCAGCCAUUACCUGCUGCACUCAUGCUCAGCUCAGGGAGAAGCUCUGAAGUUGUUCAAAUGGGGAAAAGAAAAGGGUGUCCACUUCUCAUCUCCUGUUGCUAGUGUGGCCUUGCCCCUCCACCCUGCUACCACUGCUGGACGAUGGGUCCCAGAUUUAGAUGGUUUUAAGGGCCGCAUCUUCUGCUUUCUACCUCUCCCUAUUGAAUCUGGCCUCCCAUUGCAUCUUACGGCAGCCUUUGCAGUGGAGAGUAAUCGCAAAGGACUCUGGGAUGCCACGGAGAAGGGUGAGUGGAACAAAGCACUCCUACGGGAUUCAGUGCUGGGUGCUUGGCUUGGAGCACUGUUUCAUCUCCAGGACAUGUACAGAAAAGGAUUGCUGGAGGACUAUGAGUACCAUGCUUUCUGGCCUGAUGUGCACAGUGCCAAGUAUCCAUUCAGUGAAACAGUCAAGGCCUUCUACCAAGCCUUAGUCAAUGGCAUUGAUGGGGAGCAGCCAGUUUUAUUCUCUGAUGGACAGCGAUGGUGCCCAGCCCAGCAUGCCUGCAUUCUGAAUUCUGACAUUAUCUCUGAGGAGCAGCUGAGACCUAUAGCUUCCAGGGUCUUCUCUUUACUUUUGCCAGAACCGAAGAUUGCAGUGUCUGUUCCAUCGUGGGUGAAGAUGAAUUUCAAGGCAUGCCUCCAAGGGGAUGUCCUGUUGCCAAAUACCUACAAUUGGGCCCGAUUCCUCCGAGAGCUUGUUUUGCCCAAUCUUGCUCAGCUGGCAGUGCCUGAUCGUGAUGUCCUGAUUCUUCAUGCCCUGGACAUGAAUGAUGCUGGUGUGAAUAGGAUCCUGACAUCUCUUCCUUGCAUUCCCACCACUCCCAAUAAACUGCUGAAAAAUAUUAAAGAACUUGUCCACCCAAGGGGCUGUGUUGCACCUCUCUACACCCCUGAAGAUGGCCGCUUCCCCAUGGGUGCAGAUUUUCUACAGCCAGAGAGGCUGCUGUGCUUGGAGCGUCUUGGUAUGACCAAAGAUUGGGUGGAAAUGGAGGAACUGAUAGCCCGAGCCAGAACUGUGGCAGCCUUAUGGCAUCAUGACCCACUUGAGGCCAGCCAACGUGCCCGCUGUGUUUUAAAUCUGCUGAAUGUCUCCUUCCAGGAACACCCCAGUAACACUACCCAGGUCAUUUUCAGAGAUGUUCCCUUUUUGCCGGCAGUACUUCCUGCUAACCAACGCAAACUCUGCUGCCCCAGGGAGAUUUACUUCUAUAAGUUGCACCUCCUGGUGGGCUUGUCUGAACCUGUCCUGGACAAGGCAGCCCUUGGUAAAGGCGUGAAGCUCUCCAAGGAGCUAAAAGAGUUCUUGGGACUGAAUCGCCAGCCACCAUUUUCUACUGUGCUAAGGCAACUGGAGGAAGCAUCGCGCAGCUCCAACGCCUUGUCCAGAACGGAGCUGGCAAACAUGGCACAAAGCUGCUAUGACUUCCUGGAUAAAAUGGUGCAGAAGAACCCUCCAUGUAUGAAUGAGGUGUCCCAAAAAGCACGGACAUUCCCCUUUGUCUUCGUGGGUACAGGCUUUGUGUCAGCAUGCAGGGUGGCCCAUCACCUGGCCUUUAAUGCUGCUCCAUACCUCUUCCAGCUGCCUGAAGAGUACCAGCAGCAAAAGAAGUUAUGGGAGUGCAUUGGGUUGCCUGAGACUUUUAAAGUGCAGGAUUAUGCCACCGUGUUGCAAACUUUGGCCAAGAAUGCAGCUGGACAGUCUCUUUCCAAAAAACAUCUGGAUCUAGUCUUAAGGCUGAUCACUGUAGGGCUAACCGAGGCCCUGCCAGACGAUCAACAGCUGGGUUCUUAUGAAGCCCAGAGCAUCUUUUUCCCAGACAAAGAUAAUGUCCUACGUCCACUGCCCAAGCUCCUCUUUGAUGACACACCAUGGCUGCCACAUGAGAAUGGGAUGCUGCUCUGCCAUGACAGGAUCCCACGGGAAAUUGCGAUACGCUGUGGCAUCCCCACCACAAAGAACCGUGUCUUGUCACGCCAGCGGAUUCAGGGUCUGUCUUUCUGGGCCACAGAUUUUGGACCCAAAGAGGAACUCUGCACCCGUCUGGCCAACAUCCUCCGUGACUAUUCCUCUUCACAGGAUGUGCUAAAGGAGUUGCUGCAGAAUGCAGACGAUGCUGGUGCAAAUGUUGUCCACUUUGUCUGGGAUCAGCGUCAACACCCGACCGAUCGCACCUUCAGCAAAGAGUGGAAUGAACUUCAAGGCCCAGCACUUUGCAUCUAUAAUGACCAGACCUUCCAGAUGUGUGACAUUAAAGGGAUCCAGACCUUAGGCUCUGGUGGCAAAGGUGGAAGGAGGGAUGCUAUUGGCAAAUAUGGGCUAGGUUUCAGUACAGUUUAUCACUUGACUGACUGCCCUGCCUUUGUGACGGGGGACAGUGCUCUGUGUAUCUUCGAUCCCAUGUUGUGCUAUCUCCCUGAUUCUGAUGAGAUCUCACCUGGUGGAAUGUACAGUCUCGCUAAAGAUGUCAAAGACACCAUCAGGGAUGUUUAUAAUGCUUUUUUACCUGAUGUGUUUAACUUGGAAACAGGCACGCUUUUCCGGUUACCCCUACGUACUCCUGCUGGUGCAGCCUCGUCCCGUAUCUGCCAGAGGUCUGUGUCUGAGGAAGACAUGGAAAAAAUCGUGUUGGCUCUGAAGGAAGAAGCUGACUGCCUUGUGAUGUUCCUCAAUCAUGUUCGCUGUCUGGUCUUCUCAAUCAUAAGUGAGAAGGGAGGGGCACCAAGGGAAGUGCUACGAAUAGUGACUGAAGGUGGUGAGCGUGAAAGGCUGGAAUACCAGAAGUCUCUUCAACAGGCAGCUACAGCCUGUGGCAUAGAAGUGGGGAGGCCAGUAAGAAUCUUCUACCGAAUGAAGGUGAACAGUAGCACCUCCAAGGCUCCCAGCAACUGGCUAGUCGGCAGGCAGAUUGGGGUGGAGAGCACAGAUACCAUGCAAAGCAUGCAGUUGCCCUAUGGUGGUGUGGCUGCUUGUCUUGAUGGGCGACCAUGUGGCAGGGGAUUCUGCACGCUGCCACUUCCGGAAGAAACAGGCCUGCCCAUCCACAUCAAUGGGAACUUCGCUGUGGACUCGGCUCGCCAUGGCUUGAGGAAGGAUGGUGGCAAAGGCAGCGCCAGUAUGUCAUGGAAUAGCUUGCUGCUGCGGUUUGUCGUGGCCCCAUUGUAUUGUCAUCUGCUUGAUGAGCUGCGCCGGGCACUGGGGGACGCACCACUGCAGUUCUGCACAUUGAGGACAUGCCAGACACAGCUAGAUUCAAACUAUUUGCAGUAUUUCCCAUUAGUGACCGAGGAUGUCCCCCAACUAUGGCAAUGGCUGGUGACCUGUGUGUAUGAACUGGCGUACACCAAGCAGCUUCCCUUGGUGCCUGUGUACCGGAAGCAGAUUAAUUACUUGCAUACACAUAGGAUGGAAACAGUGAGUGUGUGCUGGAGUGCACCCAAACUGGGCCACACAACCAGUGAUCCCUAUUUUCUGCAGUCAGAGAUAACUGGGGUCCUUGAGCUUACUCUCCAGAAUCUGGGCAUGAACUUAGUCCCUGCUUUCCAACAUCUGCAGGAGCUCCACAAUCAUUUUGUUAAGGCAGGGGUAGAUGUCCUAAUCCUAGAUUCUCCAUCCCUCUGCUGCUUCCUCGGGGACCUGCCCGACUUCUGCUUGCCAUACCCGCUUCAUCAGACACCUGUGAAGGAUCGUUGUAGUUGCUCUGCGCUCCUGAACUUCUGCCUCGGUGGGCUUCUUUCUGAGGACCCAAGCUGCCUAGAAGGUCUCCCUUUACUGGUGACCAGGGAUGACAUGCUGAGGUGCUUCACUCGGCAACAGCCUGCAUACCACAGCGAUGCUCAUCAUCUUUUCCCAUACCAUCAGGACUGUUUCUCUGCCUGCCUAAUUUAUGCAGAGGUGAGGCAGCUGUUAGUAAAGAUGGGGUUUCUAAAGGAUUUUACACUCUAUGAUUCUGUGGCCUACAUCCAGGAGAUGCUGUCUUUGGACGACUGGGUCAGUAGUGAUGAACGCAAGAAGUGGCUCAGUGAAGUAUGGGUGUUCUUUGAGAACCAGAUCUGCAAGACUAAGGAUAAGGACACGAUGGACAAGAUGUUUGCAGAGCUAGUUUCACUCUUCAAAGACUCUGCUAUCCUUCCUGUGUGCGGCUGCCCUAAUUCUUUGGCCCCCCUGCAAUCCCUCAACACAAUUAUGCCAGGUUCAUCAGGCCCAGUGACUGAAAUUCUCUGCAAGCUGGGCUUUGCCAAGCUAGACUCCUCUCUUUUGCCUCCAAGGCUCGCAACAUAUUGCAUCCAGCCACGUUUGUUGCAGGUGGAGAAGCCUGCUGUAGUGCUGGAACAACUGGCUGCCCAUCGGAGCCUGUGUUGGGACAAGCUUAAUAAGUGGCAGAUUAUCACACUCUUCAGGUUCCUAACCAGCCAUGUGGAGGAGCUGAAGAGGGACAGUGGGUUACUACGCAAGCUGAAAGCCUUGCCUGUGUUUGAAACGCACCAAGGGAAGCAUGUGGCACUGACUUCGUACAAGAAUGUCUACCUCCUGAAGUGCAAGUUUCCAAAGGAGUCUGAGAACUUCAAGGAGCUUUAUGAGACUGAUGAGAGGACUGUCCUGCUGAGGGACAGACACCUGAACCAGAAUCUCAGUAAGAGCUUGAACAUUGGUGUAAUGAAUGAUUUGCAACAGUUCAUACAGCACCUUUUGCCUCUGCUGCCCUGUCUCCCCGAGGCUCGUGUACUGGAGGCUUUGAAAUUACUCCUCACCAUCAAGGCGCAUUAUCUUACCGAGUAUGAGGCUGUGAAAGAGAUGGUGGUGUCCACAUUCCAGUCUUUUGCCUUCAUCCGGGACAAGCAAGGUGUCCUGCGUCGUGUGUCCUACUUCUAUGAUGAACAUAGGCCGUUUUUUCAGGAGUUGAGGUUGGAUUCUCAGUUUGUGCCAGGCAAAUUCUAUGACUCGGUGUGGUCAGAGAAUAAAGGGGAGGUGAAAUCAUUCUUAUGUGAUGUGGGCCUGCAACAGGAGAUCUCAGAUGAAGAUUUUCUGGUGUAUGCUGCUGAAAUUGCGAAAGAGACAUCAAGGGAUGGCGCAUCGAAGGAUGAUGCAAGUGAUCUCUGUAAAAGAAGGAGAGCACUCUUGGGAUACCUGCUUUCCAAGUCAAGUGAAACCCUCUCGAAUGCCUUCCUGGAAAAAGUGUCCAAAAUCCAUUUCCUAUUGCCACAGAAGAUCCCCAAGGAUCUAUGUUGUCUUCAGUUGCCAUAUGUCCCGUGCAAUGUUCCUGUGGCACUCCAAGGUUCUUUGUUAACUCGUAAAGUAGAACUGUCAUGGACUUCAGCAGUUAUUCUUCCUUACAUUACACAUGUUGGAGAACAGGAAAAAGCCAUCCUAACCCAACUGGGAGUGCUGUGCGCCUUGCCAGCCCACUUGGUCUUGAAGAAUCUAAGCAAUGUAUGCCAGGCACCAUGCAAAACUCAUGAAGCCAGGAAAACUCGGGGGCGAGUCCUAAAGUCGAUUUAUGACUACUUGUCAAAACAGGAAAAGUUAGAGACUGGCUGCUUAAAGGGACUCCCUGUGGUACUAGUGGAUGAUGAUGAGAUAGCAGAGGCCCAAAAUGUGGUGGUCUCCUUAAAAUGCCCAAAUGACUUCCGGCCAUACCUUUACAAGCUGCUCCCAAAGCUAGCUGUCUAUAUGGAUGUCCUGGAGAAAUUGGGAGUAGAAGAUGAACCAAGCAUCCAUCACUAUGCCAGCGUUCUGGCCAGGAUACAUGGGGACACUACAGGGCGGGUCAAACUGCAUCCCAACCUCACCAGAGCAGUGUUCAAGGCCACUCAGUUCCUCUUCCAGCUCCUCGAUAAAGCACAGGAGCCAGUGGAUUUCUCAGAGCUGAAAGAACUGUACCUGCCUGGCAUUGAUGGCAAACUAUAUCCAUCAAACACCCUAGUCUUCAGUAUGUACACAUCUGGCCAAGAACCCCAAGCCUUGCAGAGCAAAUUUCGGUUUCUGAUAGAUCUGUCAUUAUGCUCCUUGCCCCCAAACGAGACGCUUCGGCUUCUGUGUCUGCUGCCUGAAGCCUUGCGCCCCAAGAAUUUCUCAGACAUCACUGCAGAACAUCUGGAAAAGUCCUCCCUGAAAUUCUGUGCCUAUGGGGAACACUGUGAGUCCCAGAACAGGGUAAAAGAGCUUCUCGUGUCUUCCGAAUUCCAGUAUGCCCUGGUUGCACUGCUUAAACAGCAGGGCAGAACAAAGGCAGAAGAAAUGGAACGCUUGUUCGAAGGACUCUUCUCACCAGAGCGGCUAGAAGUGGUUUGUUGUGAAAAAGUCUGUACAGUUAGGAUGCACAACUCAGAGAGCUUGGAGGGAACUCAACAUGUCAAGAUAGUGUAUGUUGCAACAACGCCAGAUGGCAAGUGGCAGAUUUACCUUGAACAUCAGGACAGCAUGGAUCUACAACAGGCUGUGCAGUUCUCUGGCAUCUUAGCCACAGAAGUUAAUAAGCUUUCUGAAGAAAAACUUAAUCAGCCUGCCAUGAUGGUUUUUAUGCAGAUUUUGGUUUGCCAAGGGCCUCAGAAAAUUGCUGAAGUGCUAAAGAAGAAUGAUGUGCCCCUGCACCAGCCCACAAACCUAAACGCUUAUGCCCUGCCUCCUCCUGGAGAGGAAGUCCCUGAGGAAUGGUAUGACAGCCUGGACAUGAGCAUCCUCCAUACAUUUCGGCCAGGAGAUUAUGUGGGUUACCUGGACUCUUCCCAGCCCGGAGAGCGUUACCUCUACGCCAUAGUCCUGGAAGCACUUAGGCCACAGCAGAGUGGUGCUGGCCAAGUACAGGCAUAUCUUGUUAACCUGGGAGGAGGGCGGCAUGCAGAAGUCAGUGCCCAUGACCUUUACCACUUCCGGAGGAACAACUUGCUGUCUGAUCUGAGUAAAGCUGUGGUCCUGGCAGAAAGUUCUCCAGGUGCUAGCAACACUGCACGCACAGAUUGGUACCACAAGCCACUGAGUGAAGCGAAGAAGGAAGUGGAUGCCUGCCUACCUGAAAUUUGGACCCUGUCAGGGGAAGAGAGGAGGAAGGCUCUAAGAAGACUCUAUUUGUGCUACCACCCAGAUAAAAACCUAGGUCAAGAGGAUUCUGCCAAUGAAAUCUUCAAAUAUCUUAAAGAGAAGAUCAAGGAGAUGGAGAACAAUGGAAAGCUCAGUGACUAUAGAGGGAGACCUAAAAGCAGAAGUUCCUAUCACAGGAACUUCUCUCCGUUUUGGGAUGAAUGGGAUCAGCAAGCUCGUCAGCAUCAACAGAGGCGUAAAGAAUUCAGCAGCCGAGGAGGAGGAGGUGGAGGAGGGCACUGCAACUACAACUUCUGGUCAUUCCAUAAGAGUGGAUCAAACUAUUCAAGGUAUCAGUCAAACCGUCACUUCUUAGAGGAGGCCAGCCGCUGGCUAAGGCAAGCCAAGUGUGAUCUGAAAGCUGCAGCCAGUAAUGCAGGGACUGGCAGCACUGAAUGGCUACUUUACAAGACUUACCGGGCAGUCGAGAAAGCUCUGAUAGCAGCUGAAUACUACCAAGGAGGACGCUUUGACAAGAACCUGACUGUUGCAAUGCUGGCUGCUAAGGUAGCAGCCUAUGGACAGGAAUUGGAAAAACUUCCUGAUCAGAUUGAUGAGCUCCGGCAGCAUGGCAUGGAUGACAAGACAACACAGUAUCCCUGCUAUCACAAUUUGCCCACCAUUCCCAAUGAGGCUUUCCUUGCAUGUAAGGAACAGGAUGUGCUGCUGUUAGCUGGGGACAUCCUCAACACAGUGAAGAGGUGGAUUGGCCUGGAAUAAGAGAGCUAAGGGUUUUUGUUUAAAGCCCUGGGUAGACAACUUUUAUAUGUAAAUAUAGCAAUAUUUGUAGCUAAAACUUUUGGGAUCAAGCAUUUUAAAAUGGAAAGGGGCCCCGUUUGGAAAAUUGAUGCUGUUGCUUACAACCAAUCCUAGCCACCGCCACCACCCCCAAUCUUGUUCUAUCUGUGAAAGCUGAAUUAGAUAACCAUUUCUGAACAGGGGUUCUUUAGUUGCUUUGUUACCUGUCUUCUGAUAUUUAGUGUUAAUAAAGUUGUUGUAUUAAGAAAUAAAGAA